AUGUUUGGCUCGGCGGUGCGAAGCUCGCGCUCUGCGUGGAAGGGCCCCUUUUUCGUGCCCUUCCCCAACUUACAGCAGGCUCUGAAGAACAACGCGCCUAUUCGCACGAAUGCGCGGAGCUGCACCAUUCUGCCCAACUUUGUGGGACUCAAAUUCUUGGUGCAUAAUGGCAAGUUUCAUCUUCCUGUGACCAUCACGGAAGAAAUGGUCGGGCACAAGCUCGGCGAAUUCGCACCCACACGCAAGCGCUUCAGCUACCGUCUUACCAAGAACAAGUAA